AAAAAAAAAAAAUUAAAAAACACAAUACCCCUGAUUUGUGCCACCAACUAUUCCCUACUCCUUACUCUUUCCAUGUAUAGCUAAAAACCACCACUUACUGAAAUACCCCAAAUUUGACCCUUCCUUAUUCCCACUCCACUCACCUAACCCCAUCAUUCCCAUCUUCUCCUCUUCUAAUAACCAGACUUUCCCAAAUUCUUCUCAUUCUCUUCACAACAGAUCCAAAUGGCUCUCUCACGUUUCGCUUCAUCUCACUUCGGAUCCAACUUCCUCAAACCCGCUUCACUCCUCUUAUCCUCCCAAAUCCGCCGUUCCAUUUCCUCCUCCAACGAAACCCUAACUAUCGAAACCUCCAUCCCCUUCACCUCCCACAACUGCGAAGCGCCGUCGCGCUCCGUUGAAACCUCCGCAUCAGAGCUCAUGUCGUUCUUCAACGACAUGGUCCUGAUGCGGCGGAUGGAGAUCGCGGCAGAUUCGCUCUACAAAGCGAAACUAAUCCGCGGAUUCUGUCAUUUAUAUGACGGACAGGAGGCCGUUGCGGUGGGGAUGGAGGCUGCGAUUAAUUCGAAGGACUGUGUGAUUACUGCUUAUAGAGAUCAUUGUACCUUUCUGAGCCGGGGUGGGACGUUGUUUGAGAUUUUUUCAGAGCUUAUGGGACGGAGCGGGGGGUGUUCGAAGGGGAAGGGGGGGUCGAUGCAUUUUUAUAGGAAGGUUGGAGGGUUUUACGGUGGACAUGGGAUUGUUGGGGCUCAGGUUCCGCUUGGAGUUGGGUUGGCUUUUGGGCAGAAGUAUUGUAAGGAUCCAAAUGUGACUUUUUCUUUGUAUGGGGAUGGGGCUGCUAAUCAGGGGCAGUUGUUUGAGGCGCUUAAUAUUGCGGCUCUUUGGGAUCUUCCUGCGAUUUUGGUUUGUGAGAAUAAUCAUUAUGGAAUGGGAACUGCUGAGUGGAGAUCUGCUAAGAGUCCUGCUUAUUACAAGCGUGGGGAUUAUGCUCCUGGAUUGAAGGUAGAUGGCAUGGAUGUUCUUGCAGUAAAGCAAGCUUGCAAGUUUGCAAAAGAACAUGCUUUGAAGAGUGGCCCCAUUAUUCUUGAAAUGGACACAUACAGAUACCAUGGCCACUCCAUGUCUGAUCCUGGCAGUACCUACCGCACACGUGAUGAAAUUAGCGGUGUUAGACAGGAGCGUGAUCCAAUUGAGAGAGUUAGAAAGCUGGUAUUGGCUCACGAUAUUUCUACUGAAAAGGAACUAAAGGACAUUGAAAAGGAAGCCAGAAAACAAGUUGACGAAGCCAUUACCAAAGCAAAGGAAAGUGACAUGCCAGACCCAUCUGAUCUAUUUACCAAUGUAUAUGUUAAAGGCUUAGGAGUUGAGGCAUAUGGUGCUGACAGGAAAGAACUAAAAGCUACUUUGCCAUAAUGGGUAUUUUUAUCCUUUGAAUGUCUUCUCCCCUGGUAACGGACCAAUCAAAAUAACAAAGAAUAAGAGGUUCUUCAGCAGCAGCAGAUCAUCUCUCUGCCUAUUGGUGAAGGUUUUCCUAAUUGUAUACAAAAUUGAUUCUUGAGUAAGCAAUGUGGCGGCCUAAACAUUUAACAUCCAGUUUGGAGGGGACCCAUAUUUUAAUUGAUUAUAUGUGCAACUGGUGUGAUGCAAAUUGGAAAAGCUCAUUGUGCUUAAACUUCUUUUGAAUGUGUUCAACAAUUGAUGGAAAGAUGUUCCAUUAUUUUUUUAUGCACUCUCAUUGUGUUUCAAUUAUAAUUAUCAACUUUUUUGGGUAUUAAGAA